UAGUAGCAGUAUUGUAGUAACAGACAGCUGUGGUGUUCGCGUCGUGCAGUCAAUGUCGUUUUCAUCACGUAUAUAACUCGCACCAUAUAAUAUUUUAAAAAUCACUCGCCCGUCACCGUAGAGAUCGUGUUAAUUGACGUCGUUGCAUAUUUCUUUUCGUCGUUUCCCGCCGGAAGUCCGCUCGCGGUGCGUCGUCUCGACGUGCCAUGACAACAGCGGCCGGUGCACCGCCACCACCGUAAUUAUAGUAGUAUUCGUUUCCGUAGUCGUUGUAGUGUUCGCAGCAGUUAGUCGAAAUCUGCAACAUGUUGAAGCUGUUAGGCGGGCUCAAGGAGUUCGUCAAGCGGCAGCCGGUGACCAUCGAUGGCACGGUUUUUCGGGUGCACGUCACGUUUACCACGGUCGUGCUGCUCGCGUGCUCCAUAAUGGUGACGGCCACUCAGUACGUAGGCAAUCCGAUCCAGUGCAUCGUGGAUGGGCUGCCCACCAGGCCGGUAAACACGUACUGCUGGAUCACGUCUACGUUCACCAUGCCGGACGCGUUCCAAAGGGAACAGGGCGUGGGCGCCGCGCACCCAGGCGUUGGACCCGAAAACGGCGAACCUCCCAAGUAUUAUACGUACUACCAGUGGGUGUGCUUCGCUCUGUUCUUCCAGGCCAUGUUGUGCUACUUCCCCAAGUGGGUGUGGGACAUGCAGGAGGGCGCGUUGAUGUCCACGCUGGUCAUGGGCCUGCAGUUCGGACUGGGCGCCGAUAAGGAGCGCGAAAAGCAGAAGAAAAUACUCGUCCACUACAUGCUCACCCAUAUCAGAAAACAUACUUGGUAUGCCGCCAAGUAUUGGAUAUGCGAGUUCAUGUGCUUGGCUAACAUCGUGCUGCAGAUAUACUGGAUGAACAGAUUUUUUGGCGGAGAGUUCAUUACGUACGGGCUGCGUGUAAUCGGCAUGUCCACCGAACAUCAGGAAAACCGGGUGGACCCGAUGGUCUUCAUAUUUCCCCGGGUGACCAAGUGCACAUUCCACAAGUUUGGACCCUCAGGAACCGUGCAAAAGCAUGAUUCGCUGUGUGUAUUACCUUUGAACAUCGUAAACGAAAAGACUUACAUAUUCAUAUGGUUUUGGUAUCUACUCCUGUUGGUGGCGUUGGUCCUAAUGAUCUGUCACAGGGUGUUGAUCAUGUACAACGCGACCGCAAGGAAGAACGCGUUGCGGUAUCGCCACUACAGGUUGAUAACCGACGACGUCGCCAAAGCCGUGACGAACAAAGUUUCGGUGGGUGACUGGUGGGUGCUGUACAUGCUGGGCAAAAAUAUCGAUCCGAUCAUUUACAGGGAAGUGGUGCGCGAAAUCGCGAAAAAAGCCGACAACUGAUGGACGCGAUGACUGCCGAUUGGAUAUUCUCGAACGAUCCGGUAUCAUCGUCGUCAUCAUCAUCAUCACAAUCACAAUUGGUGUUCAAAUUAUGUCUUUAUAAUGUCUAACCUAACCUUUAUAAUAUGCGUUAUAUAUUAUUAUAAUAUUACAUUGUCGGGACGAUUUAUUUAUUUUUUUCGUUUUAAAACUUAGUUUCAAUAGAAAUAUGAAGCUGUUUUUCAUUUAUUUUUUUUUUCAUUACCUACCUAUGUAUUAGGAAGUUUUAAUUUUAAUUUAAUAUUAAGAAUUUUUUCAUAAUUUAUUGAUUAAAAACGGGUAAUCCUCAAACACGUCAAUGUAACAAUGUAUGACUAUAUUAUAUUAUAUUGAUAAACGGUAUCGAAGUACAAAAAGUUGUAUACUAACAACAUGUGGAAUAGACUAUUAUAAUAUUACAACAACACAUAUAUACAUAAAUUAUUAUUUAAUUUAAUGCCAAACGUUUUGUUUAUAUUUUUUUUUAUUUUUACACGACUGUAUACUAUUAUUUAUUUUUAUAUAAUUUAUCCUAUUGCUAU